AUGAUACGCGCGCUCGAGAGGAGGACGCCGACGCGACCCGCGGGGGGUCGCUCGCACGCCUCGCCGCCCGAGGCGGCGAGGCCGGCGCCGACGCCGACCCCACCUCGCAAGCCACGAGCGUCCUAUUCCUACUUUAGGACGUGGAGCUUCUUCGCUGGCUCGAGGAAGCACCAGCCGGUACAUCCGUCGCCUCCCGAUCGCCCGGCGCCGGACGUAGAGCGCGAGCACCGGAUGGAUGCGCUGGAGAAGAUCCGGUCGAGAUCGUCCGCGGCUUCCAGGAUUGCCGCGUCGCUGAGGUCGCUCCGAGAUCGGUUCGCGGGACCCCGAACGACGAACAAGGUAUCGCCGAUGCCCGCGCCUCGUCCGGCGGUGGUCACGACGCUGCCGUCGCCGAAGCGAACGCCGAGCCGGCGGAGGGAUCCGCGAUCCCCUCGACCGACUCCGCCGCGGCCUCCCCUGUCGUUCGAGCCGAACCACUCCACCCCAUCGACGGCGGCGGCCUCGGCGCCGCCAUCAUCGUCGCCCGUGGCGGCGGCAGCGGCCAUCACGCCCGCGCCCACGCCGCCGGCGAGGCCGACGCCGCCGACGACGCCGAGGCCGCCCGCGUCGCCGCUGCGGACGCCCGCGCCGCCGCCGCCAAGAAGGAGGAUUCACGUCCGCGUCGGAACGCCUCCGCGCGAAUCCGUCGAGACGCGCCCCCCGCCCCCGCCGAAAGAGGAGGUGGAAGAGGAGGAGGUAGAGGAAGAGGAGGCGCCGCCGGCCGCGCCCGAGCCCGCGGCGCCCAAGUCGCCGCCGGCGAGGAGGAAGGUGCCGAUACGGGAGAUGAAAGCCGCGCUGGCGGCGGCGGGGCUGGACGCGAGUCAUUGCGUGGAACGCGAGGAUCUGGAGGCUCUUUACGGCACCGUCGGGAAGAGGCCGAGGAUCGAAAUCACAGAGGAGCGGGAGGAGGAGGAGGAGGACCCUCCGUCCGCGUCGUCGUUCGAUUUGUUCGACUCCCUCCCGACGGAGGUGAACGAGCUCAUCCUGCGCGAGCUCUCCCCUCGAUCGCUCGCGGCUGCGACCGGGGUGAGCCGCGCGUGGCGCGACGCGGCGGGCGACGACGAGCUAUGGGCGGCGCACCUCGCGCGAGCGCCGAGAUUUUCCAAAAACGAGAAACCCGUCCCGUUCCCUUCGACGUCGGCGCGACACUCCUCCCGGCGCGGACGGCGGGAGCUGAUGCGAACGUACGCCGCGGCUCGCGAGCUCGGCCGCAGGUGGCGCGACGGCAAGUACGCGCGGUGCGACCUGAGGGAUCACUCUCGCCCGGUGGAGCGCGUCGAGUUCGCGGACGCCGUCGGUUUCGGCCGAGCGGCGGUGACCGCGGGAUGGGACGGGUUCGUGUUUUUAUACCUCUGCGACGAAAACGCCGUGCGCGGAACCGGGUGGAGGCUGGCGAGGAGGUUCAAGGGUUGCGAGGGCGCGUGGGUGGUGUCGCUGGCGACGUCCCCGCGGGCCGUCGUCGCCGGCGAUACCGACGGGAGGAUAUGCGCGUGGACGUUCGGGUCGUCCACACCGGCGAGGACGCUGCGGCAGGACGGGUCGGUGACGAAGGUGCGAUUCGUUCCAAACUCCGGCGGCGAGAACGACGUGCUCGUGGCGUCCGCGUCGACCCUCGGGGACGUGGCGAUCUGGGACCUCGCGGCGGGAACGAGGCUCGCCACGUUGCGGGGCCACGCGGAGGCGGCGUGGCACGUGCACCCCCUCGCCCCCAACCCCGACGGGAUCCUCACCGUGCUCACGUCUUCGAGGGACUCCACCCUCCGGAUGUGGCGCUUCGACGAGGUGGACCGAGACGGCCCGCUCGACGUGCCCCGCGGCGAGGGCGGCGAGCGGUUGAUAUCGCCAGCGUCGACGUGGCGGGACCACGACGACGCGAUUCUCUCGUUGGCCGUCUCGGCACCCCCGUCGCGUUCGCGCGUGUGCGACAAACAGCUGUGCGCCACGUGCGGCGCCGACGGCGUCGUCGUCGUGCGCGACGUGUCGAACGGCGAGGUGCUCUCGAGACUGACGGUCGAUCGACCCGACUCCGCGCCUAUGUGCGCGACGUUCUUUGAGCGGCCCGAGGACCCGGCUGAUUUCGUCGACGACUCACCGAUAUCGUCCGUCCCCCGCGUCUCCGGCGUCCGUGGCGACGCGCGAGACGGCGCGAGGACGCACACGUGGCUGGCGACGGGGUACCGGACCGCGAACGACGGCGGCGAGCUUCGCCUGUGGGACCCGCUCGGGGGCGGCGUCGCGGCUGUCCUGUCGGACCAGAGCCGUCCGGUAUCGGACGUCAUCGCCACCGCGCACGCGCUCGUCGCCGUCGCGCCGGGCGACGGGGUGGUCGUGUACGCCGGGGUCGACGACGACGGCCGCGGCGACGCACGCGACGGGACCGCGCGGCGGACCCGCGGCUGCCCGAUCGCCGCAGCGGUCACGGUGUUGGACGGUGCAGGCGCGGAUGGGUUCUCCUCGUGCGCGGGGGCGUGCGACGAUUUGCUCGCCGUCGGGAGCAAGACCGGGUCGGUGCAGCUGCUCGACUUUAGGGUUCAGGCGGGACGGUGAGACGGCGGGAUCGGGGAGACGGACCGAGGGUUCGCCGGCCCGCGCGUCGGGCGGCGAGCGUCGCUUAGAGAAGGAAUACAUCCGCGGCGUCAUUUUUAGCUAGCUAGCUGCUUUUGUACUUUUUAGAGAUACCCGAGCUCCUCUCGGC